GUGCUUUUCGUCCAGUUGCUCAGAACACGCUAACCGGGUAGGACGCUCGUCUUUGCGUCGUUCCACAAAACGUCUAAGCUUGCGCGUAGCAUGCAUUUCCGGCCCUUACGAACUUCGCUGUGAUCCUUCCAGUGGAUAGCGGCCCUAGCUUUACUUUCACGGAACCAGUGUCGGGGGGCAGGUACAUAGCAAAAAUCUUCCCACGCCCGAGUGCGUUGUUUCAGUGAGCGGAUCGGUGUCCAGUGCAGCAUGCCGUAAUGUCAAUUUCUUCCCUUCUCAUUCGCAUUCCAAUGCGCAAAGUGCUGCUAUUGAUGCUGAAGAUGGUGAUCUUUGGGAAGUGAAGUGGUAUUGGUUGUUGUUUUAGCCAAGAAAAGCGCCGUGCGCUACGAAGAUCGAAGAAGAAAAUUAAUUGAAAGCCAAACCUGUGUCCAAGAAGUCAUUGACGAGUAGGUUUGUGUAUCGGUGCUCUGUGUGUUUGAGUGUAUGUGAGAGAGAUAGUUUGAUCGCGUUUAUGUUGUGUUGGCCAGUAGGUAUAGUGUGUGUGUGCAUUGUUUCAACAUCGACCACCCAGGUGAAAACAACAUGAAGCAAAAUGCCGUUCGUGAAGCGUAUCGUAACCCCAAAGUACAUCGCCCGCUCGUCCAAGUUGGCAUUGCAGCCGUACGCGGCCGCCCCGACCAUCCCGGUAGCGGACAAUGAGUUCGAAGCGCUGACCAACGUCACGCUCAGCAACGCCCUUCGUCAGCUCGCUUCACUCGUGUUCAUCUCGAACCAGAUCUUCACCGAACUGCACGAGGAGCUGUCCAGCGUUAAUGAGCGGUCACUGGGCAUUAAGCAGCGUAUCGACCGGCUGUCUCAGAAGGUGGAACAGUUCGAUCCGAAGCAAGUCACAGUCCCGGAAAGUGACCUCGAUACGUUCGUGCAAAUUAAGGACCACUACACGACGAAGUACCAUGUGGACACGGCACUGUUCACCGUGGCUAGCCGGUCCGAAACGGUGCGGGAGCUGUACGAAGCGGCCGCCAAAACGCCCGUCGCAACGAUCGCCGAGAUGGACCGCAUCAUGGGCAAUAUUGCCGGAAACAGCACGGAAGCGUUCAUCUGCACCCCGGUGUUAAGUCGGCAGCGGCGCAACGCCCGAGCCCACAAUGUCGACAUGGACAUCGAAGUCAGUCUGCCUACCGCCGUACAGGAUCUACGCAAGUGGACGUCGUCGGAGGCAAUCGGAGACGUCACUACCGGUGUUGCGUGCUCUGCUAAGAUAGCGUCCAACAGUACUACUAACAAUUCCGUCCUACCGAACAUAACCGAAUCAUGUACGACACCGUCCGAUCUGACCGAUGCACCGACCACUUCCAACAUGGCCGACGAAACGGAUAUCGAUGCCAUCACGACACUGGCAGAAACGGUCACCAGUAGCGGCAGUGGGGAUGAUCGUGUCGAUCACCUGCUGCCAUCCCCAGCAGAGCAAUGCCGUGUUUUGGCCUCCAAGUUCCCAGCGGAAACGAUAAAAAUCGAUACCUCCGGACGGGCUUUCGAUCGUAUGUCGUCGACACGGAAGUCACUGGUGUGCUAUACGACGACACGCGGCAAGAAGGACGAUACCAAGCCAGAAGAGGAUACGGUUAGGCGGCGAUCCCGGUUGCGACGACCACGGGGCAAAAGACGCAACACGAUUGCCAGUUCGGAUCAGCGGGAAAUUGCGGAGGUUAUCAACAAGGGUGAACCAGACAGCGGUGCCGCAGACGAGCAUGCGGUGUGCGAUUUCGGUGAACUAAUGCCAGCCAUUCGCAGCAAGUCGGGCGAUCUGUUGCGCAAGGAACCGUCCUUCUCGGCCGAGUGGGCCAAGAGCUUCAACAAGAUGUCCCACUUCAACUCGCUCAAGCAGUGGGGCAUGAACCGGCUGCGGAUGAUCAACCGCGAGCCGGCGAGCCACCGCGACAAGGAUCAGGACAUUGACGAUUUCAAUAUCCACGAUACCACACUCGCGCGUCAACCCAGCAUCGGUGGUAGCCGGCGCCGGGGCACCGACAGGGAGAAACGCCUUUCGCACGAUCGAAAGCCGUCUUACUCAUCGUCGGAACGCAGCUCGACCGGCAUCCUUGGCGGCACGACCUACCUGCCCGCCUCGAUCAACCCGGUAAAGUUGAGGGAAACGUCCACGAUACGGCGACAGCGCCGUACAGCGCUUGGAAAUAGGGACGAGCCGCACUCGUCGAGCGGUAAUUGGAGUGCAAGCUCCGAGUCGGGCAGGACCUCGAUCGGAAGUGAGAUCACGACUACAAACACGCAUCCCAAAUCGAGUGCUUCGAGCACCUCGUUGAACCAUAGCAAUCCGAUCAGCUCGAGCGCACCGCCGAGCUCGAUCGUCAGCAGACGGCGGUUCUUCAACACGUCGGCCUCAAGUAGCGUUACAAGCGAAGGUACGAUCACGCCCGAUCUGCAAACGUUUGAUUAUCACGAUGAGGGCGGUGAGACUAGCUCAGUCUAUUCGUGUGACACGGAGGGUUACUACACUUCGUUCCACGUUGAUUCCGGAUUGAAGACACUUAAGGAGGAAGAGCCCAUGACGCCUCUGCAAUCUACAACAGCUCUGUCCAGCAUCACGUCCUUCUCGAGCUCCGGCAAUACGACCGUAGUGUCUGAUUACGACGUGUACGGUAAGGGAUCAACGUCAACGACCACCAGUUCGGCAGGCACAAUCUGUACGGUGCUGGCGGAAGGUGACAAGAACGUUAGUGCAAGUGCCUCCAAUUUACCCAAAAUCCCCGAGCGCAAGAGCUCACUAACGAAGCUGAACCGAAGCAACAGCACCGCCAGCAAUGGGACACUGGAGCGGAGCUACUCAAGUAGUACGCUUGGUAGUACACUGGACAGUACCGGUACGAUCAAACGGAACGGUGUACUCAUCCAGAAAGAGGUACUAAAGAUCCUGCGGCAGGAGAAUAACAAUCGUCUCGAUGUGGCCGACGGAAAUGCACCGAAGCUAACAACGCAAGAGCAACAGCAACCACCGAGUGGAACAGCGUCCAGUGCUGGAAACAGCAAGCUACCCCCUACUGCCGAACCAGAGCACUCCGAAUCAUCGGACGUGGAGUGCGUGGAGCGUACUGAAAGACUGAAAGUGAAGACAACCAUUAACACAAGCCGCAUUCCUUCCAUGUGUAUUAUCACCCCGACAAACAGUGACGAUGAGCAACAGCAGCAGCAACAGACUGGUACAUCCGGUACGAAGACAAUCCAUAGCAAACCGGCCGACAAGGGUAGUGGCAACAAGCGACGACCCUCGCUAACCGAGUCUGCAUCGUUUGAGUUGAAGAAACCGAAAGAUUUCCGCAAACAUUCGCUACUGCCACUGAACAACGUGUUCGAUAGGAUAAAAGGCGCAUUGCCACAUUUGAAAAAAUCACCCACAAAGGAAGAUUGUACCGGUGGGUUCUCCGCAUCCAAGACGGUACCGGGAUCGGUUGUACCGACGGAGGAGGGUGAGGGUGAAUAUGUCGAAAUUGCAAAGGGUCGUAAAACCCCGAACGAGCUGACGGUGCGCCGUAAUUUGGCCACGGUACUGUCCGGUAAUUUGAACGAAGAAACGGAGUACGUUUCGCUCAAUGAGCUGCCCUGUAAUAUAAAGUGUGAGAGCGCUAACUUCCUGGCGGUGGAUGCGAGUAAGUGCGUGUCCGAGAGCGGUAACGAUGGGGAUGCCAGCACGCUGCAACAAUCGGGUCAAGAUGGCGCCGGAAGCAGUGUUUGUGGUACGUCCGGGAGCGGUACGCGACACGCUGCGCUGAAGGGUGCUGCGCGUGUGAAGCUGGAUGCCAACGGACGAGUAAUAUUCUCAUCUGACAGCUUGAAGCGACGGAAGGGUGCCCACACAACGUUCGCUCCCGGACCAUGCGUAAAGGAUGUGUCGUUACGCGAAGCGCAAUGUAAACAACCGCUCGUCGUUGUACAGCAUCCACAGCAGCAGCAGCAGAAGCAGUUUGCAGAUGGCGAUGGUGGUGGAACAGUGAGUACAACGAACCCAGUAGUAGCUGGUGGCAACGGUGCACCAGGAGCAGCAAUAGCAGUAGCACGAGUGGCAACAGAAGUACUUCCGACGGUGCGACAACUAAAGCGUCCCCUUGUUUCCGCACGGUACGGUUCACCCCGAAUCGGACCGUCGCCGUCUAUCGGUUCCGGAGUGUUGUUGGAACCCCCGAAGAAAACACUGGUGGCAACGAUUCUCCCCAACAGUGCCAAAAAGCAACCCAUACAACCGCCACUCCGGCGGGAAGCCCGUGAACUUACCAGCAUGCACUCCUUCUCCCCGUACGGCACUGACAUGACUGAUGCUGGUGCUGCAUCGUACUACGGUGCUGCACCAAUUGCAGCCUGUCAGGCGUCAAAGGGAGCAUCAGCAGUAGGCCAUGCAAAACUGUAUCCCGAAGGUGCUCACUCACUGGACCGUUCUAGCAUUAGGAACUGGUAUCCGGACACGCUAACCGUCCAACGGAAUCUUGCCACGCGUCCGACCCGGCCGGACUAUGCGCGAACAUACCGAGCAGCAGGCGGGUUGCAGGAUUACGAAGCACCGCGCGCACUGAUGGCGGGAAGUUUCGCUAGUCCACCGGCCAGUCCACUAGUGCCAGACAAGCCCGAUCCGAACAGUUUGUACGCGAUUCCGAACAAACUGAAACCUUCGCCGCUGGCCGUCGGUAGAAGUGUCGUGCCGAAGCCGCUGGAUCGUAGCCUACGGACGAUACUGGCCGAGCAGAGCGAGCUGUCGCCAAUCAAACCUUGCCAAACGAAUCCGUUCCGUACGUCAACACCUUCGAAGGAGGAUGACGUGCUCGGUCCAAUGCACCAUAAGCUGCUGUUGUCCACUUCCACCAACGUCCGCUCGUUGGGUAAUUCGCCGGUACAUUCGGGCCGUUCGACACCGCGCGAGAUGCUCGAACCGCAGACACCACGGGGCAGACAUAGCUGGGCAUCGAACAGCGUGGAAGUGCCGAAGACGUGCUCCGAUCGGCUCGGCACACCCAAAACAAGUCUGAUGGAUUUCAAGAAGCUACUGCUAGCUCACGGCACAAAGUCACACGCAACUCCCGGGUCGAAAAUGUCUGCCGUAGAGCUGUUGAAGAAGAGCAAAGAAACGGUCGCAACGCGACCAAAGGAACAACCGAGCUCCUCUCCCGCGAGCAAUAUGGCGAUCCUCGAUAUGUCCGCUUCGCCGAAAAUGUACAGCUUCCGGCGAAUAGCACAGCAAGGCGGAUACGGAGGAUCACCAACGAAGGGAGGCGGAGGCAAGGGUGGGGCAGCCCGGUCAAACUGGCGCUACAAUAAUAUGCGCACGGGUGUCAUCUCCACCGCCAUACCGGAAGCGAACAGCGAGGAAGACAUAUUGCCCACGGAUGGUAGGGGAGCGAUCGAGAGGGAAAGCACCGUCCGUCCCGUUCUUGCGAAGGAAUCGGAACCAGCGGAACGGAGAACGGAGCAGCACGAGGUGGACGAAACGAUCAGUAGCUUUAAGGAGAACAUUUUCCUCAAAGAGGACGAAAACAAUUUCAUGCGUGGUGAGAUUCCACGUUUGGCCAAAUCAUUUGCCGGAUUUUCUACAUCCGAUGGGCCACGCCACGCCAUGGGCGGUAAGUUGGUGAAGGACAUGAGUGCAAAACUAAUUGCACGGGACCAAGGUGCCGUUGGGGACGAUUUACAAGUCCCCGCAGGCAAGCAGACAAUGGCUUCCGCCCUCGAGACGGCACUCUAAAACGGAAAGGAGACGAGAGGAUGCUCGCAGCUUUCGGUUGGAAAUGACCCCUCAUCUUGACCUCAAUACUAUCCACCUUUCUCACAAAAAACGAAAAGGAAAAUCUGCUUAGGUAGCUUAAAUAUGUGUACGCUGUUUCUCCUUUAAGCGCGUCAGAAGAAGAAGGGGAUAUUCUCAUAUUUAUCCUUAUUUAUUCUAAUUUAUUUCACGUGUUUUUUGUUUAACUGUUGUUUUGAUAUUUAUAGUGGCGCAGAACCGACCCCGAACCCCUUGUUUCGAGCUACAUUUUAACAGGAAAUUUUUCUUCCGUUUAGGAUUGUUAAAAAAAAACUUUCUUUCGCUUUUACAAGUCUUUUUCUUUACACGGUAAGUCGAGGAUUAGGAGAAUUCGUAUAAGGUUUCCCUCAAAAAAGGCUUAAGACUUUUAGCUUGAACUGUCCCACUUCAAGCGGUGAUAGACAGCAUCUCCAUGGAGCAAUAGAGCAAUGAUUUCGAUAGGUCGUAGUAGAAAGUAAACUCUUGCUUAUAAAAUUGUGGUGAACGCAUGCUUUGCUAGGGCAAUGUGACGAUAGCGAUUAAACAAUGUGCCCCGUAUCUUGCUACGGUUCCAGUGCCGAUUCAAAACUUCUUCAUUUACCCAAAAUCAAUUCCAUUUGUAGAGAGCUACACAAAUUAGGGCUAUAAAAUAUGGCAUUACAUAUUCGAUUGCUAAAAGAACAACAAAAAAGUAUUAAAUCUUGCAAAAGAGGCACGUGGAACUAAACAUAUUCGAAUGUAGUUUCAUAUCAAGGCUAUAUAGCAUUUAAGGCUUAUCGUAUGCAUUUACAAAUAAUUGCUCUCCCGUUUAGGUUUGGUGUGGUUUGUCGCAUUCCAGCAAUGCGGCUGCGAAGGCAACCCCUUUUUAGGAACUAAAGUAUGAAGAUGGUUUUACAAACAGCUAUCGAUGAGUGUUCAGGAACAUCAUCCCCAUUAUAUUGUUACAUUAUUGAAUGAGACAUAUUUAAACAAAGCAAUUCAAAAUAAAGCAUUGAAAUAUUUAGCAAUUAAUUA